AAUUCAGCCAUUCACAUUGACUUAUCCCAAACAAAGCACGCAGCAGCCAUCGCAUCCCUCAGCCAGACGACCCGUCGACCCCCUGAGCAGCAGGACGUCGCGCCAGCACCACCGCCGCAUCGCGCUCCUGUGAGCCGUCGCACCACUCCAUCUCGCGCUCGUUAGCCGCCGCACGGCCCGCACUGUGCAUCAAGCGCACGUUUGCGCCCACCUUUGCAUCGCGCUCCUCUGCGUCGCGUCACAAGCAGAUAUCCUUCAGCCACUGUUCGUCUGAAUCGCGUCACGCCUCUUCAUCCCAUCAGUGCAGUCCGCACCACUGCUGCACUCCUCUUUUAUCUUCAGUUCAACGACAUUCAGAGGUCUAUUUGGUUUUAUCAGUUCAGCCCAAUUACUCAUCACAGGUGAGGUGUAUAACCUGAGUUUGUGCUACAAUGUCUGCUUGUUUUCUUGUUGGUCUCAUUUUCAAGGGAAUCGAAGAAUCAUAGUCCAAUGAAGAUAAAAAAACCCAACGCUGGUGCACUUACCAAUUUUGAAGUACUUGACUUUCUCAAGGCAAGAGGUGCUUCAAAGGAUUCCUCAAGGGUUAUUGCUCCAAUAGCAUCUUCAGAAUAUAAGGUUUAUGAUUAUUUGGUGGAGACUCCUGCUUGCAGGCAAACGAGAGAGCAAAUCCAUGAAUUUUUGGAGAAGUGUAAGCCAUACAAACUUGCAAAAGCUGAGAUCCUCAAUAUCAUCAACAUUGUACCUCGUGAAUUAGUUGAAAUUGACCCGAUAAUAGAGCACUCUGAAAUGCGUUUGGGAGACCAGGUUGAAGAACUCCUAGACUUGGUAAGAGAGGUAUUUCCUCCUCCAGAUGAACCGACAUCAGAAGCAGAGAAGGAUAGAGAAGAAACUGAAAAUGAGGAGCAAAAUGAGGAUAUGAAUGAUACUUCAGCGGGAGAACACAUUGAUGGGGAUAGAAAAGAAAUCGUCGAUGGGGAACCAAGGGAGACAAGUUGAGGCCAAGUAUUCUGGAUUUUGCUUAAGAAUCCAGUGAAAUUCUUAACCUUUUUUUUUUUUUUUUUUUUUUUUCUUUUGGAAAAGGUUCUGAAAGUAAUUUAGAAUGCAUAUAUGGGUAAUGAACUUUGAUUCAUGGGUGGGACAGUUGAAUUAUAUUUAUGUUACAAGACAUUUUCCAAAACAAAUGUGAAAAUUGUAGUCUUUUUUCCUC